AUGAUACGCGCAAAGAUCAGACUUAUGGGAAGAUUAAUUUUACAGGCACGGACGUUAGACCGAACAAUAACGGAUAUGGCAUCUAUGAUUUCCCCUGUAAAAUAUGACGUUGUGGUAGAGGCAAUAAACUUAGUUGCAGGUCUUAAUCCUGAAGGCACACAUUACAGAGCACCGACUGUUGCAACCACAUUAUCUACUUUGUUGAAGAAUGCAGCAAACUUAUGGAAAGUGGAAUGUCUGAAGAAGCGAGAUCUUGAUCGAAAGAAGGACGCAGAAGAUUUUCUCUCGCUCUUGACUGUGUGCAAUACUGCUGAGGUGAAUCGAACGGCAAUUGAAAAUAGAGUGGAACACCAACGUCAAAAGAAAGUUACACUACCAUCCAAGUCUGAUAUCUCAAAGUUAGUAUCAUACGUCCGAAGGAAACGCAGAGAAAGCUAUAAAAUUUUGCUGGGAAUGGUGCAAAAUAAUACUGGCAUUGUAUUUGAAGUGUGGAACUCAGUGGCAACGUACACUUUAAUAUCUUUAUUAGUAUUUAAUCGACGGCGUCCAGGAGAAUUGGAGAGAAUCACCAUCAGAGACUAUCAAAGCUUACAGGGUGUGGAGGGACUUAUCGUGGACUACAACAAGUUAUCCUCUAGUGAGAAGACUGCAAGUCGUACGUACAAACGAUUUGAAAUUAGAGGAAAAUUAAAUCGACCUGUACCAGUGCUUGUUCAUUGGGAAAUUGAACUUUGCUUGGAUCUCAUUAUCAAGUAUCGUGAAUGUGUAGGUGUGCCUGCUAAGAAUCCUUAUAUUUUUGGCCUUCCGUCCACUGAUGGCACACGACAGCGUUAUUUGCGUGCUUGUCCAAUCAUGAGACACAUUUCAUCGUUGUGCGGUGCAGCAGAACCUCACCUGCUAAGGGUUACUAUUUUACGAAAACAAAUUGCUACCCAAUGUGCAGUAAUGGAUCUUAACGACAAUAUAAUUAAGGAUGUCGCCAAUUUUAUGGGACAUGCUGAAAAUAUUCACAAUAAAAUAUAUAGAUUGCCAGUGGAAACUAGAGACAUUGUUCGCAUGUCCAACGUUCUUGAGAUGAUACAGUGUACUGCAGAUGAUGACGAUAAGAGCAGUGGAGAUGAUGAGGAUACAGUAAACACGGAUGAUUACCCUUCCACUUCUAAUUUGCAUAGGACUUUACCAAGUACAUCACAACAGCAUACCGGAUUAAGCAAGAGACGACUGGAAUCCAAUGCUAAUGAGAAUGAAUUUUUAGAACACACAGAGAUCAAUUCAGAGGGACUUGAGAUGUGCACUACGGACCCAACGGAGAUGGAAAUAACACAAAAAAAACGAAGAUCUGGUAAUAACUCGUUGCUUAGUAAAUUAUUUUAUUUCAUACUAUCUAGUAAUUGCCGCUUCACCGGGCUGUUUUGA